UCACGGACACGUAAGUAAGUUUGUGUGGAGCGAGGCAGCCAAACGAAAUUUCCACUCUAUUUUCACGGGAAUCGUUUGUGUUCGGUACGGGACAGGGUGAAAAUCCGACCUAACUUGUUCCGUCUUUGUGGAAAAUCCACAGUUUCAGUCUAACGAUCUCACAAUGGGUAUGAUGGAAAGCCUCGGACUGAGCGGUCUCGCUGGUGGCGUCCAGCGGAUGGACAAGCGACAGUUUCUGUUUCAAAUGCUGAGCUUCGGCAUGAUCGUCUCUUCGGCACUGAUGAUCUGGAAGGGCCUGAUGGUCGUUACCGGCAGCGAGUCCCCGAUUGUUGUGGUGUUGAGCGGAAGCAUGGAACCGGCGUUCCACCGUGGCGACUUGCUGUUUCUCACGAAUCAGGAUGAACCGGUGCGAGUAGGUGAAAUUGUGGUGUUCAAAAUCGAAGGCCGUGAUAUUCCGAUCGUCCACCGGGUCAUCAAGCUGCACGAGAAGAGUAACGGAACGGUCAAGUUCUUGACGAAGGGUGAUAACAACUCCGUCGAUGACCGAGGCCUGUACGCACCUGGUCAGCUGUGGUUAACGAAAAAGGAUAUUGUGGGACGAGCAAGAGGCUUUCUGCCAUAUGUUGGCAUGAUCACGAUCUACAUGAACGAGUAUCCUAAGCUAAAGUUCGGCAUUCUCGGCUUGCUAGCGCUAUAUGUACUCCUGCAUAGGGAAUGAACGUAGCCUGAUCAUGUCUUCUCGCCGUCGACACAAUUUCCUUUUUUCGUACUAAACGCUCCGUGGUUUAUUGUUCCACCAACUGCAAGAAUCUGCCAGCGGGACGCUCGUCAGACGGUAUUCGACUGUUGCCUGCAUUCAAUUCAGCGGCGUACAUAAAACACAAAUUAAAAGGUAAAGAAUAAAAAUGGAAAACAUAAUGACUUAAAAAUGCUGUGCGUGAUUCGGUCGUAUUACAUUUCACUCUCUGUUCUACUCUUUCCGAACAUAAGAAGUAUAAUAAGGACUUUGUUGUGUGGAUAUUUUUCCUGAAUAAUGAGUAAAUGUGAGAAAAAUUGAGUGAUGAAACUUUAAAGCAUAUUGUGUUCAAUCUUGGGACACAUCAACAAAAAUCAACCAACAGUAAGGGACUUGAAUAAAAGCUCUCCAGACAUUUAAAGCGGGUUUCUCGAAUUUGU